ACGUCUAUAUAUCUGGUAGAUUGAUUUCAUUUCCCAACCUUGGAAAAAUGGUCUUUUGUAGGAAACAUUCUGUGCAUCCUGCCACCAUACCCUUAUCUUGUCAUGAGAACUAUAUGCUCAAGGGGUACCCCCUAGGUGAACUGCAUGGGUCCUUCAGUUAUGGUGGGCUGACUACUGUGGGCAGUCUGGUAGGCAUGGCUGACCCCUUAUCUAACUGCUUGUUAGGCCCUAACUUGUUCUGAUACUGCCCACUGCUGACUGGUGGGACUGGGUCAUGAGACCGCUGGCUAUAAAAUCAUGAGGGGCCGCAGGGCUAAUGCUGACUCAUUGGUGGGUAGAGCCAGGUUCUGGGGUGGGUGUUUGCAGCGUCAUGGUUCCCCAGCCUAGCAUCUGCCUGCUGAUGGGUGCAGCUGAUUCCUGACACAGCUGGUUACAGGGCACAGGGUGUCCCAAAACUUGUGUUGGCUGCUGGUAGAUGAGGCCUGAUCCUGGGGCAGCUGGCUCUAAAGGUCCCAGCAUGUCUCAGAGCUGAUACUGGCUUGGUGGUGGUGGCCUAGGGAUUCUGCGCCUGGUGCUGGCCUGAUGGUAGGUGGGUUGGGCCCUGCCAUGGCAGGCUUCAGGGCUAUAGUGGCCCUGAGGCUGGUGUUGCCCCACUGGUAGGCAGAGCUAAGCCCAAAUGUCCCUUCAGGGUUGGCCGCAGGGUCUUGGAAGUCCUGGGGCUAGUGUGUGCGGUGUGUGGGGCAAGUUCCUGGCCCUUUUGUGGAUAGAACCAUGUCCUGAGAUGGCUGUGGGUUCAGGGAGUCUUCAGCAGCUUGUUUGGUGGUUGGUGGGGUGUGUCUUUGCUCAGCCAGCUACUUGGCCUGAGGCAUCCCAGACAGGUUGGUGAUGUCUGGUUGAUGUCGAAUAAGCUAGAGGAAGAAUUUCAAAGUGAUGCUUGCCAGCAAUAGGUCCACGUAGUGAAACAAGCCCCCCAAAACACUUGCCAUCAGUUUCUAUGACUCCAGGAUGAGCUCCAGUUGCCUCUUGUCUUUCCAGAAGACUCUUCAAGAUCAGCAUGUGGGUCUGACCUAGGCUUCUUCACAUUACUGCUUCUGCCCAUGUGAUAGUCUGUAUGUACCCUUUAAGAAUAGUCUCCAUAUGCCACCGCUCUCUGGAUCUCUAAAAAGUAAGCCUCUCUGACUUUCAAAGCCAGUCAUUCUAGGGGCUUGUCUUCCUUGUGCCAGACUCCCAACCUGAGGAACCUGAUGUGGAGCUUGGAGCUAUUGCUUCUUGAGAACUUCUGCAAUUGUAAUUAUUCUUCUGUUUGUGGGUCAUCCACUUAGGGGUAUGGAUCUUGACUAUACCACAGCUCCACCCCUCCUACCCAUUUCACUGUGAUUCCUUCUUUAUAUAUUUAGCUGUAGGAGAUCUUUUCUGUUAUAUUCCAGGCUUUCUCAUCAAUAGUUGCAAUUUUGGUGUUCCUGUAGAGGUGAGCUCAGGGUCUUCCCACUGUGCCAUCUUGCCCAAGAUCCCUGAAUUUCUUUUAGAUGUAGAAGUUAACAGUAAGGAAAUAGGCUGAGGCUCAGUGGUAGAGUCCACCUGCCAAUGCAGGAGAUACGGGUUUGAUCCCUGGUCCAGGAAGAUCCUACAUGCAGUAGAGCAACUCAGCCUGUGCACCAGAACUGUUGAGACAUUCUCAAGAGCCCGGGAGCUGAAACUACUGAGCCCACAUGUGGCAGCUAUUGAAGACUGUGUGCCCUAGAGCCAGUGCUCCAGAACAAGAGAAGCCACGCGAUGAGAAGCUCAUGAACCACAACUAGAGAGCAGCCCCCAUUUGCCAGUCUAGAGAAAAGCCCACACAGCAACAAAGACCCAGCACAACCAUAAAAGAUGACAAUGGCAACACGACAAGAAGUUCUUGGCCUCUACCGCAGAAUUUUCAGGCUUGCGAGGAAAUGGCAGGCUGCAUCAGGGCAGAUGGAAGACACCAUUAAAGAAAAACAGUACAUAUUAAAUGAAGCCAGAACGCUGUUCCAAAAAAACAAAAAUCUCACAGACACAGACCUGAUUAAACAGUGUAUAGAUGAAUGCACAGCCAGGAUUGAAAUUGGACUACAUUACCAGAUUCCUUAUCCAAGGCCAAUUCAUCUGCCUCCCAUGGGCCUUACCCCACUACGAGGCCGGGGACUUCGAAGCCAGGAGAAACUGAGGAAAUUUUCCAAACCAAUAUAUCUCAAAUCUCAUGAUGAAGUUUCCUAACUCAGAAUAAAGUUUUUUUUUUUUUUCUGAGAAUGAUAAGCCAACUAGGCCUUGACUAUAAACUAGUUAACAAAAUUCUUCUUGAUUAGGGACAAAAAUCCAAUUAUCUUCUUAAAACCUCUGAAAUAUUGGUACUGUCCGAAUGAUGCACAUCACUACAGUUUUCAGGAUCUUGCUGCCUGAUGAGAUAAACACUAACCUUAGAGGUCAUGGACCUCAUAUCCUCACUGAAGCACCACUUGGAAACAAAACUAAGGCCUGUGGGCAGAAGACUGAAGGGUGACAAAAGCUUUCAAGGGAAUGCCAAUCACCAGACAUGCCAGCUGAUAUGAAGAAAUUAGCCAGUUGAUGGAAGUUCUCAUGGCUACUUUAGAAUUAUACACUACCCCUCAGAAUAUUUUUAGGCCUUUUUUUUUUUUCCAAGUUAUAUAUUUACUUAAAAGUGGACUUUUUGUGUGUGCUUUGUUGUCUUUUGGAACGUCCCAUUUCCAGAUAAAAUUCCCUUAAAAAGUG